UGCAGGAAAGAAUUUCUUCCUCCAUUGUUACAUUGUAACAAGCGGGGCCGGGGCGAACCGGGGUGGAGAGGAAAAAAGCGUCUUCUCGUUAGAAAAUCUCCAACAAUCUGACACCAAACGAAACAAACCAAUCCGCGUCUUUUUUUCCUCCUGUCUUGUUUAAUUUAGAAAGCGAGAAGACAGCGAAGUGAGCCCAGCCGACCGAACCCGGUCCCGGUGAGGAAACAGAAAGGGGGGAAAAAAAAAAAAAAAAAAAAGAAAAGAAAAAAGCGAUAAACGAGCACAAAUGUCAGCGGAUUUCUCCAUUGUAAUAAUUUUCAGCCUCAAAUUGGGAAGAUAGCACAUCCGGCUGUGUGCGUUGUUCAUGCUGCACCGAAAAAUGUUGGGAAAUAACCCAAUGACGCCCCUCUUUCUUCCUUUUUUCCUCUCGGCUGUCCUUUAAACACAGAGGUAUGCCACAUUUAAAUAAAAGCAGUCGCUCCUGUCAGGCAACUGUAAUCUUUCGGCGUGCAGAACAAUGAGCUUGCAACCCAUGUAACCUCAUACAGCUAGCAAGAGACAGAGAAGUAUUGCAAAUUGACAAUCAGCCAGAUCACUUUGUUGCAGGGAUAUCGGUUGUUUUUUGGAGGGUUUUGCACAUAAAAAGCGUCUCACUGCGCGAUAAAAGAUUGAUGUGCAGCUCAGAUUGGAAAGAAAGACGACCUCCGAGGCUGUUGGAUUAAGGGUCCCUCUUUCUGCCCCAGAUAGCAGGUUUCCAUGGAGGCAGGUCCGUCCCUAAGCCUCAAACGAAGAUAUGAAGAGGUGGACAGCGGCUCUCUGUUCUCUACACCUAAGGACUCGGACGAUGACAUCUCCAGCAGUGACAGCGCAGACAGCUGCGACAGCCUCAACCCGCCUUCCAGCACCCCGUUCACUCCCACCUCCAUCCUCAGACAGCACAAGCCGUCGCCGGGGGGGAAGCGGGUUCGCUUCGAUGUGGUGACGGUGUACUACUUCCCCCGGCGGCAGGGUUUCACCAGCGUGCCCAGCCAGGGGGGCAGCUCCCUGGGCAUGGCGCGGCACCACUCCUCCAUCAGACACUACACGCUGGGCGAGUUCGCACGCGAGCAGGAGAGCAGCCACAGACACACGCUGCGCCAGCACCUGCGUCAGGAGAAGCUCAACGCUCGCAAGAUGAAGCUGACGAGGAACGGCACGGUGGAGUGCGCUCAGGCGGACCUGCUGACUCUGGAGGACGUCUCCGACGAGGACCUCGACGUGGACGCCGUGGAGGUGGACGACUGUUUUUUCCUGCAGCCUCUGCCGACGAAGCGCCGCCGAGCCCUGCUGCGAGCCUCCGGCAUCGCGCGCAUCGACGCACGGGAGAAAACCGAACUGAGAGCCAUCCGCCUCUCCAGGGAGGAAUGUGGCUGUGACUGCCGCCUGUUCUGUGACCCUCGCCACUGCGGCUGCAGCCAGGCUGGCAUUAAGUGCCAGGUGGAUCGCAUGUCUUUUCCAUGCGGCUGCUCCAGGGACGGCUGCGGCAACGCUGCGGGUCGCAUCGAGUUCAACCCCCUGCGUGUCCGAACACACUACCUACACACCAUCAUGAAGCUGGACGUGGAGAAGAGGCGGACGCCGAUCGCGGGACCCGGGGAGCCGUACACUGAGUCCGACCCCUUGUCUUCGCCCUCCUCCACUUGCCCCACGUCCCCGACCUUGUCCUCCGGCAUCGGCCUGGACUCGGAGCUGGAGGAGAGCGAGGUGCAGUCGGUGGAGCAGGAUAUCCUGGAGCGGGAAAACGAGACGGCGGUGCUGCACCUGCAGAGCGCCGAAGAGCAGGAGAGGCGGGAGAGGGAGGAGGCGGUGCAGCAGGAGCUGAGCUCUGCUGGGGUCGCGGGGUCACACCCUCUGUGCCUCCUGCCUGAGCAAGGAGAAGAAGAAGAAGCAGCUCCGGGUGUUGAUCAGAUCCUCCUGCAGGGACCUUUUCCGACUGGCGCUACCGUCUUGUGCAUCUCUGACUCCCAGGAGGAGAGUCCGUCGGAGCUCCUCAAAGACUCUCUGCUCUACUAUCAGCUCAGCACCAUCGAGCCCGGCGCCUUCGAGACGCUGCCUGCAGCUGAGGAAGAGGACGAGCCUUCGCAGAGCGAGCCUUCGCAGAGCGAGCCUUCGCAGAGCGAGCCUUCGCAGAGCGCAGGUGGAACUAAGCUCACAGAGAAGAAGCAGGAAGCAGUUGGAGAUUUCCAAGGGGACGCGCGUCACGUCAACGCCAGCGGACAGAUUGUGGGCGACAGUUUGACCACCAUGAACUUGUGCACAGAUGUGGAGGAGGAGGCGGAGAAGAGUCCCUCAAGUCCGGAUAACAACGUCCCAAAAGAGCAAAACCAGGAAGAGUCCGGCUCGGAGAAAGAAGCAGAUCCACUGCCUCCUGAAGUUUAGCAUUAGCGUCUUUGCAGAUAUUUUGCACAAUAGCUUCAUCUAAGAUGAGUAAAUACUACAUAUUCCACAUUUAUCACUGCUAUCCGCAACAUCUACAGGUGUCUUAGGCUACGUUCACACUGCAGCCCGAAGCAAAGGUGCAGAAAAAAACUAUUCUAUCCAGAAUCGCGAUUCACAGCUCUGGAAAUCGAUUUUAAGUUGCAUCGCAUUACCUGUCCUCUCAGCCAUCUAAUGUGUUUUUAAUAAUCCUCUGAUAUUUUUCUUAUUUAAAAAAAAGCCAGGCAGCUAAGCUAACCUUAUACUGGUAAUUUAAGUUACAUAAUUUUAUGCACAGACUUAUUUUUAUUUAAAUAUAACCUGAUGAAACUUGAUAGAGUAUGGAACCUUAUAGGAUUGUUGAAAAUGAAUGUUUUACUUGUUUACACGCUUUUCUUCUCAUCAGUCACAUAAUUUAAACAGAAUCUCUUGAAUAUUUAAAUAGAAAAAAUUGGUUUCUGAAUAAAAAAUCGAAUUGGAAUUGAAUUGUGAGACAUUGAAAGAUUUACAUCUCUAGCUUGAAGUUUCUCAAAUCUGAUUUUUUUCUGAUCUGAUCCAAUUUUUACACUUGCAUAUCUUCCUAAAUCCGGUCCAUAUCUAAUCUUUUCAAAUGUGACCUGCGUCUCUCCAGUGCAAUUAAUACUCAAUUGAUAUUUGGAAAAAGGAAGAAAAAUAACAGCAUGGCGGAAGAUAAAGCGGAGAGCUAUCCAUAAAGAGAAAGUUAGAAAGUUGGACAAUUUUGCCAUUCAUGUUGACUUUUGCAAACUUUAGCUAAGUUUUCAUUGCAAAUGUACGUAAAACUUUGUUGAUGUUUCGCUAAACAGCAAAUUUCACAAUUGUUUCACUGUGUUUUCAUUAAAUAAGUACAGUUAAAAUCACUCAAUAAGUCGUUAAAAAACAUAAUCCUCAUUCCACUUCCUGUUGUCUUUUUUAUCGUUUCUGCCAGUAGUAAAACAUGUUUCCUUUGCAAUUUUGCGAAAUACACCAACUUUGAUGCAGCUGAAAAUCCACCUCAUCCAAGAACAAAACCUACUUUAUCAAAAAAUGUGAGUUUUUUUUCUAAAUUGGCAUGUUUAUACUUGGCAAAUUUAUUUUCAUAAUUCCAGUUUAAGCAGUUUUCAGAUAAAUGGCAAUAGCUGCACAGUAUUACCAUGGCAUCCGGAUUCGGUUGCAACUCGUGAUGCAAAGAAAAGAGUUGCAAUUUUUUACAAAUACACUAAUUUUGAUGCAGCCAAAAAACUACUUCAUCUUAGCACAAAAAGAUUUUCUUAUCGAGUUGUUUUCUAAAUUAUUUAUUUAGGUAAAUAUAAAUGCAACUAGUGAGCGCGCUCACUGCUUCAUUACUGCGUCCUCUACUGCGCAUGCCGCACACUGUCUGGUCAUUUGUAGUUCUCGCAGGAAAUCGCAUACAAAUCGCAUGUACUUGGAAAUGUGAACAACCACAACAGCAACAAAAUGUCAUUAAAACAUUUGAUUUGAGCAUUAAGGGCUGCAGUGUGAACGUAGCUUUCUAGUGAGUAACAUUAAGUUUCUAAGUGCGUCAGAAAACAGGAGCAGAGAUGCUGGAAGCACAUCAAGAUCACUCCCAUGGCGUAGCGCGAGAAUGCAGUUACAUAAAGUCAACCUUAGAGGGGAUUCUGCUGGGAGUGAUGAAUGCGGCCUUAUUUGGAAACCAUUAACUCGGCUCCAGAAACACAGAGUGCAAACGCUGACUGAAGCCUUUUUGUUUGCUUGAUGUAUAAAGCUAUCAACGCUGAACACAAACUGCUAAUCGUGUGCAAGAUGCCGGCGUACCUGCCGGCUCUUUUUCCGCCACAGCAAACCUGAUGCUGUAGUCGAGCCAAACGAAGGCGUCCGAUCGCUCCCUCUGCUAACUACACCGAAUGAUCCUGGAAAUACUUGUUUUCUUUUUUGCGUGCUGUACACGCCACAUUCGCGACAUGCUGGAGAGCUGCUGAUUUCUUUGGUCUGUGUGCACAUUGUGAAGUGAAAGCAGCACCAGCUUCGCCGCUCGGAGAUAUGAAGGAAGAACCAAGGCGGCAGCAGAUUAGCGCUGGCCUUAGUUGUUACUAUUGCUUACUUUCAGACUGCCGGCACAAUUGCAGUCAAAGGGACGAGAAGAAAAGGUCACUUAUAGUCACUUAUAGCUAAUUUACUGACAUUAUUUCUUGAAUUAAUGUGUCUUUUGUGAAUUAGAUGCUGUUCAGUCCUUGCAGUCUGUUUGGGAAUGAAAGGAAACGGUUCUUCUUUCACAGUGCCACAUUGUUACUCCAUAAUCAGUCAGAUGUUGUGAUAAAAUGCCAGAACAGAACUUCUUAGUCAAUUCAAUGCUUGUUUUUUGUGUAAAGAAGCGUUGAUUAUAAAUCGAGCCAAAUUAGUGCCUUGGAAAUUAAUUUGUUCCUCUGGAACCUUCAAAAAAAA